GCAGACCAAUGAUAUACACAAGCAAAGUCAAAUUAAAAAUCAUUUUGGUACACCACUUGGAAAAUCAAACCAACCAAACAAAAAAAAUCUCGGAGAAAGAACCAAAAACUAAUUAACCUAGAAAAUAUUAAUUUAUGCUUAAAACAUCCACCACGUGAUUAAAAACUAAUCGACGGCUGAGAUUGCUUUUCCUUUACCUUCCUCUCUAUUAAAAAGCACCGUCUUCACUUCUCAUCCCCAGCUCAAACAAACCUGGAAAACAACAAAUCUAAGCUUUCUUCUUCCUCUAAUCAAAACCUAAGAAUCUCCUAAUUCAGAUCCAGAACGAGAGAUGCUUCUACGAAGCGCUUCAACGCCACUUCUAAACUCAUUGGUUCAUGUCUCGAGUCCAAGAGAUUCUCCAAUCGAAACCGUUGAAUCUGUUCAUCAGAUUCAACGACACAGAUCCAUAACACUCUCUGCGUCUUCUUCCUCUUGCUGUUAUAGCCCGAUGUCUGUACACUCUAGCGACGAUUCUUCAAGGAGGAUGAAAAGAACGGCGUCAGAUAGCGAUCUACGACAUUUGACAUCGACGAAACCGCCGGUGAGUAAGUUUUUGAGCGGUGGUGCUUUGAUGGAGGAUGUGGAUGAAGGAAUCGGAUUCGGUCUUAUACGCACUUCGUCUUAUGAUGGUAUAAGUUGGGCUUUGGAUGAAGAUACUGAGGUUGCUGGCGGUGGUGGUGGUGGGAUGUUUCACGGUGGAGGAAAAGGAAGGAGUGGUGGUAGAUCUGAUGGUGGUGAUGGAGGUGACGAUAACACUGAUGUUCAUUAUCGUAAGAUGAUUGAAGCUAAUCCUGGAAAUGGGAUUUUUCUCAGUAAUUAUGCUAAAUUCCUGAAGGAGGUUAGAAAAGAUUACUUGAAAGCAGAGGAAUAUUGUGGGAGAGCUAUUCUGGUGAGUCCUAAUGAUGGGAAUGUUCUGGCUAUGUACGCUGAGUUGGUUUGGAAGAUCCAUAAGGAUUCAUCUCGUGCUGAGAAUUACUUCAAUCAAGCUGUUGCAGCUGCUCCUGAGGACUGUUAUGUACAAGCUUCGUAUGCACGGUUUCUAUGGGAUGCUGAAGAGGAAGAAGAAGAGGAAAAGGAAGAGAGACAUGAAGAAGAACUUGAGCAUCAAACUUCUCGAAUGAAUUUCUUCACCGGACCUUCUCCAAUCACGGCCAUGUCUUAAACUCGUGGUCGGCAUUACCAUCCUUUAUAGAUUUAGAUAAACGUGUCACGUCUAUGAUUUUAUUAUCUAACCCUUUUGUUUAAUGUGAAUUCUUUAGCUAAGCCUUUUUAUGGGUAUUUCUUUACUCGGUGUUAGAAUUUGUCUCAGUUGUAGUAAUACCACUGAAAGAAUAAUAAGAUAUGCAAUAAACAAUUUGCUUUUUGGUUGGUGUAAAUGAGUUGGGGUUGUGAUAUUUGCUGACCGGUCAUAGAACCAAGCCUGCACACACCAAACCUAUUACAAAGGAGAACAACUAUGAAUGAAGAUGACUGCUAGUUCUUCUUCUGAUGCAGGAACUAUGUAGGAAUUCAGUGUCAUGUUAGCCAUUAGAAAGGCUGAGAAUGUUCUCGUUAGGAUAACGACCGGCGCCUCUUGUUAAAACCUACUUGAGUCCGUAAAAUCAUGUCGAAGAGAAACCUGGUAACAUUAAGUCCAUUUAGAGGAUUUUUAAGCUCAGACAGAUAGACAAGGGCAGUGAGCUAGCUGUCCAUGAGACCUGAAGUUUGUAGACUUUGAUCAGCAGAAUAGGGUAUUUGACUUUAGAGAAGCAACUUUCUGUAGCUGAGAAGCAACUUCCUGCCGCUGGCCGCUCUAUCUUGCUCGAUGUCAGAGUUAAACGCAGGGGUAUAUCAGGCUCGGCUCACAGGAGAUGGGUUAGGGGGC